AUGGAACAGUGCAAUCAAUGCGACCGUUCAUUCCGUUCCGCUCAAGCUUUGUUUGCCCACUGUCGCGACAAAGAUGACCAUCCCUUUUGCGAGGAUUGCGACAGAUUAUUCUUGACUUCCAAUGGACUUGAUCAGCACCUGCAAAAUGCUGCGGUACAUCGCAGCGACAGUGAAGAUGAGUAUGAGUAUGCGUUCGAGAGCGACGACGAUGACGACAGCGAUGAUGACGAUGAAGAACCGUUCUGCGGGGGAUGUGAUAGGUGGUUUGUUGACCUGGCAAGCCUUUAUAAGCACCUUGCUGCCAGCUCAAAGCACAAUUAUUCAUUGGACCAACACGCAGCCUCCCCCGUGCACAGGGCCCUGGAUUUUGAGUGCCCUCUCUGUCCCAAGAGGUUCAAGACUCCCUCCUCGAUCGCCCUUCAUAUUGAGUCCGGGACGUGCCACAAUAUCUCGCGAGCCCAAGUAACUGCGGCAGUGCAUGUACUCAAUAUAGUGCCUACGAUUUCGAUCUCUCGUCGCAUAGAGGGCGGGGCGCCCCGCGUCGUGUCUUACUAUGUGACAGAGCGCGCGUUCAACGGCACUGCCUACGAGUGCUAUCUCUGCCACCGUACUUUCCGCACCUCGGGGGCUCUGAACUCCCAUAUCAACUCUCCGGCGCAUGACGCGGAUGAGUUCAAGUGCCCAAAGUGCAAGCGGAAGUAUAAGCUUGUUUCGGGCUUGAUGCAACACAUUGAAAGCGAAGGGUGUGGGAUUGCUAGGUUCCAAGUGGUUGAAGACUUGACGAGGGGCUUGGUCGACCAGUUCAUGCAUCGCUUGAAACUCUAA